AUGCAUUUAUCAACUCUUUACCUUCACUCUUCCCUUCUACUAGCUUCAUCGUUUCUCUCAACGGUGAUUGCAGCACCUUCCAACAAACUCCUGGACACUGACCUCGCUGUCAAUGGCUUUGGUCUUCAAGACGAGGGCAGAGACUCUGAUGAUGUUUCCGCAAAGGCCGAAGUCAGCACUGAUAACGACUACAAGGUCCCCAAUGAUUACAACAAGCCUCGUGUCCUAGAAGCCAAUAUUGACGUCACUCGAUUGGGCCUAGAUCCCGUCAUCUUUUAUCCCGAUAACGAUGGUGAGGACAUAGAGGUUGAGGACACUGAUGAAGAGAAGCGCAGCAUCUUUGCAAGGCUCUUCACUAGGGCUUUGACUUCAGAUAAGAAGGAGGCUCUACGCCGCCACAAUGUCGCUCGCUCCAAGGUUAAGGUCAAGGCUAUUGUGUGGGAUUCCAAGCUCGAAUCAGCUGCUACAGCUUAUGCUAAGAAGUUGGCCAAGGCUGGCAAGCUGCAGCACUCUGCAGGAAAGGACCGUCCCAAUCAGGGUGAGAACCUCGCAUAUGCUUGGGCAAGCAAUGGAUUUAAGAACCCCAUCACUGCUGGUGCCCAGGGCUGGUUGAACGAGAAGAAGUACUACAAGGGUGAGACCAUUCCCAAGGGUAACUUCUCCAUGUAUGGUCACUACACUCAAUGUGUCUGGAAGACCUCAACAAAGAUUGGCAUUGGUGCAGCUAAGGACUCCAAGGGUGCUUGGUACACUGUCGCUCGAUAUUCCGGUCCCGGCAAUGUUGUCGGCCAGAAGCCUUAUUAA